AUGGACAACACCACAAGGAUUAGGGCAAAAGAAUAUUGGGAUAGUAAUCCCUCUAUAUAUGAAAAAGAGAGUCAACAUGAGUCUGAGUGUCAAGAAGAUAAUCAGUAUGAUGCUGAGUGUCAAGAAGAUGACACUAUUGAUCAGUCUGAUUUCUUGGAUAGUGAUUAUGACAUGAGAGAGCUAACAGUGAUGGUGAUGAUGAUGAUGCAUUGUUGGUUUGAAAAUGUAGAUAUAAGGGUAAAUGAUGAAUAUGAGACAGAUUCUAUGAGUGAGAAUGAUGAUGAAGUUGUUGAAGUACCCCGCCUGACCCUAAGAACCUGGGGGGGCUUAAUUUGA